GUAUGGUGUGUUGCAGAUUGCAAUCUGUGAUACUCCUAUUUCUCUAUCAUAUUCUCCACAUCCUUAUCUUCCUCCGUCUCUUUGUUUCUCUCGCUCGCUCGCUCUCUCUCUCUCUCUCUCUCUCUCUCUCUCCGUGUGUGUAUCUCUGUCAAGAAAAGAAGGAAGAACAUAGAUUUGUAGGAAGGCGUGGCUUGUUGGUGGGGGGAAAGUAUCGGAUAAUAAAUUGGGUAUUGUUUUGAUUUGGGAGUGUGUGAGGGUGGAGGAAGCAUAAGAUUGGAAGAUUUGCCGGCGGAGAGUGGCGGCUGAGGGCGGUGAUGGUAAUAAAGAUGAAGCUAAGAAAGCCAGUGGUUCUCUUACUUCUGUUCACAGUUCUUGCCCCAAUUGUUCUUUACACCGACAGACUCGGCACCUUCAAGUCUUCCUCCUCUAGAGAUGAGUUCAUAGAGGAUGUUUCGACUUUCACAUUAGGUGGUGAUGUCAGGCCCCUGAAUCUGCUUCCCCAGGAGCCAUCCAAAAACCUAAAAGAGCCUUUGGGGAUGGUAUAUUUGGAAAACUCUAGUCGUCUAUCUCUUUCAGAUUCGAAUGCUUCAACUGGGGAGAACUCUCGCAAAACUAGACAACUAACUGAAGAAUCAGCGGAGCACUUAAACACAGUAUCAACCACAACCAAUGGCACAGGAGAUCGUCAUCCUGAGGAGAAAAAUCCAACUAGGCAGGUGACCGAACAAGGGCACAAACCUGGGUUAACCGACCAAAAUGAAAACAGGGAGCAAGAAAAUGUCAAGGACAAAAUGGGGAAAGUGGGGGUCUCUAAGGAUACCUCCACCUCCACCUCCACCUCCACCUCCAAUAAUGCUGCUGUGAACCUGGAAACAAAACUUGAGAAACAAUCUGCUAAAACCUCCGUCAAAUUUGGUGCGGGAGAACCCAUAAAGACCAAAAUUGAGAAACAGAAUGAUAAAACAGUUAUGCCAUCAGAUGCUCGUGUUCGGCAUCUUAAAGAUCAGCUUAUCCAGGGAAGGGUGUACCUUUCCCUUACAGCUACAAGAAACAAUCCCCACUUUAUAAGGGAGCUCCGGCUACAGAUGAAGGAAGCUCAACGAUCACUUGGGGAAGCAAUCAAGAACUCUGAACUACCAAGGAAUUCUGUUGAGAAGUUAAAAGCAUUGGAGCAAACAUUGGCCAAAGGGAAGCAAAUUCAAGAUGACUGCACUGCUAUGGUAAAGAAGCUUCGUGCUAUGCUUCACUCGACAGAAGAACAGCUCCGGGUCCACAAGAAGCAGACCUUGUUUCUAACGCACUUGACUGCAAAAACACUGCCUAAAGGUCUUCACUGUCUUCCCUUGCGCCUUUCAACCGAGUACUUUAGUUUGAAUUCUUCAGAGCGGAACUUUCCCAAUCAAGAGAAACUAGAAGACCCUAGGUUGUACCACUAUGCACUAUUCACAGAUAAUAUAUUGGCAGCAGCAGUUGUUGUGAAUUCCACUAUUUCUCAUGCAAAGGACCCUUCAAAACAUGUUUUCCACAUUGUCACUGAUAGGCUCAAUUAUGCAGCAAUGAGGAUGUGGUUCCUGGCAAGCCCAGCAGGCAAUGCUACAAUACAGAUUCAGAACGUUGAUGAAUUUACAUGGUUAAAUUCGAGUUACAGUCCAGUUCUCAAGCAGUUGGGUUCUCCAGCUAUGAUUGAUUAUUACUUCAAGACUCGCCGUGCUGAUUCUGAUUCAAAUUUGAAGUUCCGGAACCCUAAAUACCUGUCAAUCAUGAAUCAUCUCCGCUUUUAUCUACCUGAGAUCUAUCCGAAGCUCAAUAAGGUGCUGUUCUUAGACGAUGAUAUAGUGGUGCUAAAGGAUCUCACUGGCCUUUGGUCUCUUGAUCUGAAGGGGAAAGUGAAUGGUGCUGUUGAGACUUGUGGAGAAACCUUCCAUCGGUUUGAUCGUUAUCUCAACUUUUCAAAUCCUCUUAUUUCAAAGAAAUUUGACCCCCAUGCUUGUGGAUGGGCAUUUGGAAUGAAUAUCUUUGAUUUGGAAGAAUGGAAGAGGCAAAACAUAACAGAAGUGUACCACUCCUGGCAAAAUCUGAAUCAUGAUAGACAACUGUGGAAGUUGGGGACUCUGCCACCUGGUCUAGUUACAUUUUGGAAUCGCACUUACUCCCUUGAUCGGCUUUGGCAUGUCCUGGGUCUUGGCUACAAUCCAAAUGUCAGCCCAAAGGAAAUUGAACGAGCUGCUGUCAUCCACUACAAUGGCAACUUGAAACCGUGGCUUGAGAUAGGCAUACCCAAGUUCCGAAACUAUUGGGCAAAAUUUGUGGAUUAUGAUCAUUUGUAUUUGCGGGAAUGCAACAUCAAUCCUUAAAAUGACCCGUGGAAUCUCCUGUUGAUGAACACACUUGCGGACAUCAUUUUGGCCAAUUUAUUUUUACAGGUCAGUGUUGCAUUGCUGCAAGGGUUCCUUUCGUUUUAAAUUAUUAUUAUUUUUAAAGAAGUUAAUGUUUUUCUGCUAUGCUUUUAUUUGGAACACAAAAGGGUUGAAUCCAUGAGUUGAUAUCUAUUAUUGAUAUCCUUUGUUACAGAGCUGGAGAGGCGCUGAAGUAUUUGUAAAUGAUUGAAAGCUAGGUUUUUUUUUUUUUUUUUUUUUUAAUAUAUAAUUCAUUAGUUGGUAUGUAUAAUCUUUUCAAUAUCAUGUAAAUGAUAUAUUUGUAGCAGCAUCUUCUAUAUUGUUGUCCUUUUUGAAUACGGAAAAUGGCUGGUCAUUUGAGGCCAAAGUAUUCUUUAUGUUUUGCAGUUUAUUAAAAUGCAUAUUUUCAAACCUCUUGUGCUUAUUUUGUUGACUGCUGAUAAUGCAUUUUGAAGAGGAAUUGAAUGUA